AUGCCCUUCCCCUUCACCCUCCCCACAACCUCCCCCAUCUCCUACCCCACCUUCUUCACCUCCCCCUCCCACCCCUCCCUCCCCCUCCUCGCCUCCUCCCACCGCGGCACCCUCCGCAAUGCCCUCAAAGCCCACAAGCGCCUCCCCCCCGCCUCCCAGGCCGCAAACAUCCCGCACAUCAUCACCCUCCUCACCAAAUACACCACCCACCUGCUCACGCUCACCACCGCCCUCGAAGACAACACCGCCUUCCUCCUCCCCGCCGCCCCGCAGUUCACAACCUCCUGGCGCGCAACACUAACACCCCCCACCCGCCGCGGCCGCCUCGCGGGCGAAUCCCCGCGCAUCGCACGAAACGGCCUCAGCUAUGAGAUCUUCUUCACCCUCAGCACGCUCGCGUACGCGCACACACUGCAGGCCCUGAACCAGCUGCACCAGGUCCUUGCCUCCCCCUCGGCUGCUGCAGCGGCAACGCCGGCACCGGCAGACCCGCAGCAGCUGUUUAACCUUGCGGCGGCGAACCUGCUCACCGCCGCGUCGGUGUAUGAGCAUCUGCUGACGCGGCCGCGGCCGCCGUCGGCGGAGACGUGGCCGGUCGAGUUGACGCCGCCAGCGCUGGCGGCGCUGAGUGCGGUUAAUAUGGCGGACGCGACGCUGGUCGCGGUCGUGAAGCAGGAUCCGUAUCCGACGUAUGUGGCGCUGACGAGCACGGGCGGGGAGGCUGGGAAGAGGGAGAAGAGGAGGAAGGGGGAGGUGGGGGUGGGGGUGGCGUCGAGGGAGUGGUUGUAUAGUCCGCCGGCGCCGCCGACGAGCGUGCGUGCGCUGCUGCUGGCGAGGCUGUGUGUUGCGGCGAGCGACCAUGCGGGGAGGGCGCUGGGGCUGCUGGGCGGGGUGGAGAGUGUGGCGGUGGAGUUUAGGGCGUAUGUGGAUGCGCUGCAGAGGGUGGCGAGGGCGAAGGCGUGUCGGUUUUUGGGGGUUGAUGCGGAGGGGGCGGGGAGGUGCGGGGAGGGGAUUGCGUGGGUGGGGCUGGCGAGGGAGGUGUUGGGGGGUGCGGGGGGCGGAGGAGGAGGAGGAGGGGGGAAGGACGGCGUGUGGGGAAUGGAUGCGGGGUGGGCGGAGGAGGAGAGGGUGUGUAAGGCGUUGGAGAGCAGGUGGAGGAAGGUCAAUGAUUCGGUACUGUUUCAGGUUGUGCCUGGGACGGCGGCGGUCGCGGCGAGGAUGCCGACGGGGAGGGAGAUUCAUAGUGUGGGCGUGUGGGAGGCGCCGAGGUUGGGGGCGGAGGAGAUGAGGGCGUUGAGGAUGGAGGGGGCGGUGGGGGUGGGAAUGGAGGGGCUGGAGGAGGAUAGUGGGGAGGAGGAGGAGCCGGCAAAGGUCGAGUAUGCGGGGAAGGGGGGGUAUUAUUAG